UUCCCUAUGGUUCUCAACCUUCACGAAAACAACGAAGCCCCGAAUUUUGCUCUCCCAUUUUUUUCGUGAACCUCAGGUUUUUUUUAGGUGUUUGUGCGGACUCUAGGUAUAAUUAGGGUUUCUUCAGCCUCUUCCUUCAGAUCUUCGUCUUGGUCCCAAGUUUUCGAAUCUGAAGGUCGUGGUAAUUGAUUUAGAGAUUUAAAAAGGGAUUCUCGAAGGAGAUUGUAGGUUCAAUUCAGAUACUUCAAAACAAUUUGAAAAAAACUGAAUGAGCUAAUGGAGUCGAAGGGUGGCAAAAAGAAGUCUAGCAGUAGUAAGUCAUUUUACGAAGCUCCCCUCGGUUACAGCAUUGAAGACGUCAGGCCUCACGGUGGAAUCAAGAAAUUCAGAUCAGCUGCUUACUCUAACUGCGUCCGCAAGCCAUCCUGAGUUCUGCUAAGUCUAGACAUAACCCCGUGCGAUCGUUAAUACUGCAAUUUUACUUUAGCUCUAGUCUGUUUCUCUUUCCUACUUCUCUCGUUCUCUCUCGCACUUGUUCCCUCGCUAGUUCUCCUUUUAUCUGCUGUUGCAACGUUAUUUCCUUCCUUAAUUCGAGAUGGCUGUACCGGUGUCUGCAAUUGGAUUUGAAGGCUAUGAAAAGAGGCUCGAGGUCUCAUUCUUCGAGCCUGGACUGUUUGCUGACCCUGCCGGCAUGGGUCUCCGUUCUCUGUCUAAAGAUCAAUUGGAUAAGAUUCUGAAACCAGCUGAGUGCACCAUUGUUUCCUCACUCUCUAAUGAUGAUCUGGACUCUUAUGUCCUUUCGGAAUCGAGCUUCUUUGUGUACCCAUACAAAGUGAUCAUCAAAACCUGUGGAACAACAAAAUUGCUUCGAUCAAUCCCUGCCAUCCUCAAGUUGGCUGAGACUCUCUCCUUGGCUGUAAAAUCAGUGAGGUACUCACGUGGGAGCUUUAUAUUUCCUGGUGCUCAGCCCUCUCCACAUCGUAGCUUUUCAGAGGAAGUAGCUGUCCUUGAUGGCCAUUUUGGCAAGCUUGGUUUGGCAAGCAGAGCAUAUGUUAUGGGUAGCUCUGACAAAACACAGAAAUGGCAUAUUUACUCUGCAUCGGCAGAGUUGGCAAGCUUACUUUGGGGCGCACGCCAAUCAGGACCCACAUACACAUUGGAGAUGUGCAUGACUGGUUUGGACAGGAAGAAGGCAUCUGUGUUUUACAAAUCAAACGCAAGUUCAGCUGCUGGUAUGACUGAAGAAUCUGGCAUUAGGAAGAUCCUCCCACAGUCCGAAAUAUGUGACUUUGAGUUUGAUCCUUGUGGUUACUCCAUGAAUUCGAUUGAAGAGAAUGCAAUUUCUACCAUCCAUGUGACACCAGAAGACGGUUUCAGCUACGCGAGCUUUGAAACAAUGGGAUACGACUUCAAAAAUGUGAACUUGACCCAGCUGAUUGACAGGGUUUUGGAUUGUUUCAAACCGGCUGAGUUCUCUGUAGCUUUGCAUACCACCAGUACCGCGGGAGAACAACUCAACGCUAAGUUCCCCCUGGACGACUUGAGGGGAUACUGUUGCGGAGAAAGCAACUAUGAGAUGCUGGGUUUGGGUGGUGCUGUCGUCUACCACAGCUUUGUCAAGGAUGCAGGUUGUCAGUCUCCAAGGUCAAUUCUGAAAGGUUGCUGGAGCGAGGACGAGAAGGACGAGGAAGUUGAAGAGAUAGUUAUGGACAAGAUCUAGUGUUCAAUUGUUUGUGUUUAGUAGUAAUGAAUAAACAAAAUGUGACGUGGGGUUAUGUUUCUCUAUAUAUAUAGUAGGGUAAUAGUAUGUUAUGCAGUAUUUGUGUUGCUGCAUUUUAGUCUCUGCGAUUUGGAAUAAAGAGGAUCUCUG